AUGGAUGAUCAAAAACUGUUCAAGUUCUGUUUAAGUGUGAAUGUAGUUAGGAGUGGCUUUAGAGUUUACUUCAGCUAUCAUCAAUACGAUUUCUACUCGAAGAAUCCUUUAAGUGAACAAUACAAAUUGCAACCAAAUUUAAGAUCUUUAAUCAGUUCGUACUUUGUCGAAGCUCGAACAUGGCUUUACAUUCUGAUUGCCAUUGCAGUUGUUCUUGUCGUUAUUCUACUACUUGUGCUGGUAUUUCGCAAAAGAAUUGUCAUUGCUAUUGCAUUGAUAAAAGAAGGCAGCAAAGCCGUGUCAUCAAACUUAACGACAGUAUUGUUUCCAAUUUUCCCAUGGAUUGUACAAGCUGCCGUGAUAUUAUUAUCGAUUUUAAUGUUUCUCUACCUGGCAUCGAUUGGUGAACCGCAAUAUAAAGCUUCUGUUUCAAAGAACGCGUCUCUUUGCACUUGUUCAGAUGCUUAUGCGAACCUUAAAAAUGGUGAUAUUUGUGACCCAGGAAUUUUCAAUAAAUUAUGUCAUGACACAAACAAUCGAAAUAUUCAAUGUCAUGGCUCCAUUUCAUGUCUCUACAUUGGAUUGAACCCACCACGUAUUGUUCAAUAUUUUAAGAUAAUUAAUGUUGUGGGAUUUUUCUGGUUAGUCUUCUUCAUAUCAGCUUUCGCUGAGAUGGUCUUAGCUGGAGCUUUUGCACGAUGGUAUUGGACAAUAAGGAAAGAUGAUGUGCCGUUCUUCAAUCUCACAAACUCAAUUUAUCGAACCUUCCGAUUUCAUCUUGGAACGUUGGCUUUUGGAUCUCUCAUUAUUACAAUUUGUCGAAUAAUUCGUCUUAUUUUGGAGUAUAUUGAUGGAAAGUUGAAGAAAUAUGACAAUGAAUUAACGAAAGCAAUUUUAUGUUGCUGUCGUUGCUUCUGUUGGUGUUUGGAGAACUUCUUGAAGUUCAUGAAUCGAAAUGCUUACAUUAUGUGCGCAAUUCAUGGAAAAAACUUUCUAUCAAGUGCAAAAGAUGCUUUCAAUCUCUUAAUGAGAAAUGUUUUACGUGUUAUUGCAUUGGAUAAGACGACAGACUUUCUGUUCUUCCUUUCGAAGUUAUUUAUCUCACUUGGAAUGGCUGCAGUUUGUUAUGUUUAUCUCACGAGUGAAAUAUUCCAUCAACAUUUUCCACAUGUUUUCUUACAUUAUCCAUUGGCUCAAGUAGUUUUUAUAUUCUUGGGAACAUACAUCAUUGCAACAGUGUUCUUUGGUGUCUACUCGAUGGCUGUUGAUACUUUAUUCCUUUGCUUUUUGGAAGACUGUGAACGUAAUGAUGGAUCAGCUGAUCGACCAUACUUCAUGUCCAAGCAAUUAAUGAAAAUUCUUCAUAAGAAUAAUAAAUAAGAAAAAUCAUCGCACAACUCGGCAGUGCCAUUCAAAUCAUUAAAAAGCCAAAUAAAUUUAAUUUCUUUAUAAUUUCGCCAAAAAUCAAUUUCAUAAAUGAGAAAGUCAUUAAAAUAUUUUCUGCCAAAUGCUUGUGUUAAAUAUUUGUCAGUGUUUUAUGAUACAUUAUUAUUAAUUAAAACUUUAAGAUUUGUAAGAUUGAUUAGAGUAGUUUAAAUUUUAAAUAUUUUGCAAAUUUAUUGAUGUAUUUGUAUUCUAUUCGAUAUUGCUUUAUAAAAGAAAUUUGCAAUAAAAUAUGAAUUAAUAAAUUUCUCAAUUUUAU